AUGGGGAGCUGUUGGAGCUGUCUAUACAGAGACGCCAUCCAAGACAACCACCCCACCAAAUUCAAGGUGACUAAUGUGGAUGAUGAAGGGAAUGAGCUGGGAUCGGGGACGAUGGAGCUCACCCAAACAGAGCUCAUCCUGCACACUCGCAAACGUGAUGCUAUCCGGUGGCCGUACCUCUGCCUGCGCCGCUAUGGGUACGAUUCCAACCUGUUCUCAUUCGAGAGCGGUCGGCGCUGUCAGACGGGCCAGGGGAUCUUUGCGUUCAAGUGCUCUCGUGCAGAGGAGAUCUUUAACCUGCUGCAGGAGCUGAUGCAGUGUAACAGCAUUAAUGUUGUGGAGGAACCCAUGAUCAUGACUCGACCCGGUCACACCCCUGAGAUGGAAAUGCCUCGAACCCCACAAACACCCAACACUCCUGGCUUUCCAGUGCAGGGUUUUCCUAACGGAUACCCUGGGUACCCAAUCAGUGCUGAGUCUUCACAGCCUUCCCUCAAUGAUGACCACAGACAUAGCCUCAUGGGGAUUGACGACCAGACACACACAUAUGUGAACACAGUGAGUAUGGAAAGCGAGCUCUCAAGCCGCCUCUGCAUGCGGCCCCUGCCAGAGGUUCGACCCCCACCCUUCACUGAGUCCUCCACCACACCUGGCCAACCCAGCGUGCAUUGCUGCUCCGCUGACUCUCACAAGGACCCUCAGCUGUUUCUCCAGCCUGGAGCUCAGGAGGUAAAGUUUAUGCUGGGGCCGACUCCGGCACAGCGCCACCUGAUGGAGCGAGAUAGAGACCGUCAUGUCGCACACCCGCUUCGAGCACCUGCUGGCAGCUCUGAAACUGAGGGAGAGGAGGCUCCACCCCUUCACAUGUGUAACCCACACUCCUACCACCAUUAUCACCAUCAUAUGCACCGGCACUCCGGCAUGGAGUCGUGUCCAAGUAGCCAACUAACAUAUGAGAACAUUAAUGGGCUGCGUGGCCCUCGGAGGCAGAGGCUGAGCCCCAGCAGUGCCUCCCAGUCGCAGUCUGUAGGCUCUAGCAGCAGCAGCAGCACGACAGGUGAAACACACCCUCACGCGCACCCCCACUCACUACCACUGUCCCACACACACGCCUCCUCACUGCCCCCACAGGGCUACGGAGGAGGGCAUCGCCGAUCAGCGCUGCUUAACUAUGAGAACCUCCCAUCACUGCCGCCUGUUUGGGAGUACCGAGCGCUUCAGCGUGAAGAAGAGGAGGAGCAGGAUGAAGAUGAGGAAGAUGAUGAGUAUGAGGAGGAAGAAGAGGAUGACUUUGAUGAGUAUGAGUACUCAGAGGGACCGACAACCCCAAAUGGAUAUCAUCAGGAUGCUGGUGGCGGUGGUGGGAUUCAUCGCGAUGCUCUGCAAAACUACGUCAACACAGAACAGCUUCAGCCUCCACCCCAUCUACAUCACACAUGCCCUCCCCAUGCCCAGCCCUCCGAGAGGGGUGGUCGGGUUUUCAACUUUGAUUUCCGCCGACAGCGGGCAGGCCGUGGCACAGUUGGCAGCGCUCCCUGUGAGCAGCAUGGUCGCCACCUGCCUCCUCCACCCUCUCGCCAGCUCAACUACAUCCAGGUGGACUUGGAAGCUGGAGCCUCCAGUUGCCCGGGACAUGGAGGGGGUGGAGCCAAAGUGCCACAGAGACCGCCUCCGAUGAAGCGUGGCAUGGCCGCAGCGGUGAUGCCUCCCUCCCGGCACGGUGAGUGCUACGCUGUGAUCGACCUACAGAAAACCGCUGCCAUGUCAAACCUUCAGAAAGCGCUGCCUCGUGAUGACGGAACGUCCCGAAAAACCCGCCACAACAGCACCGACCUGCCUCUGUGA